AUGUACGAUCUCAGCGUCUAUCACAACCAAGAAUUGGAAAAGUGGAUGAACAAUCAUCUGGGAAGAGUGGUCUCUGUUUUCCAAAUCACUAAAGUUUUUGCAGGGGCUUACUUAAAGGCAGCGAUACCUUUAAACGCCAUUAAUGGGUUUAUGAAAUGUGGGAUUUAUCCCUUAAAUCAGGAUGUUUUCGCCGAUGUUGACUAUGUGGCUGCUGAAGCGAUCGAAAUGGAUAUUGAGGCCAAAGACUCCUGCAAUUCUAUGUCUGUUCUGGCAAAUCCACCGUCAGGAACAGAAAUUGCUGAGUCACGUCCUAUUCCCAUCGUUCAAGAUACUAUGAAUUCAUAUUCUGGGCCCUCGUCAGAAAUCAAUGACUUCGACAAUGCUGAGACAUUACCUUCCAAUGACAGGGAAGCAGCUAUGUUAUCUCCUGACAUAGACACUUUUUCAGAUUCACGAUCUACAUAUUUUGGUAAUUUUGAUCCACGCAACAUCUGUCCAAAGAUAAAAGGACAAAGGAACAGAAAUAUAAAGAAAAGGAAAAUAGACACAACAAUUUUAACAAGCUCACCUUAUAAGAACUAUUUAAUGCAGAAAAAAAAGAAAAGGAAGAGAUACAAAGGUCUCGUAUAG